AUGAGGUGGCCAUCAAAAAGUAAGCCUCCUUUAGUAAAACCAUAAACUGCACAAGCAUAACUAUUGGAAUAUUAUCCUUAAACUCCGUAAUAUUAUAGAUAACAAUACAAUAUUAAGAACAAAAGAACUAAUAGUAUUUUAUAUUUAUUUAUUAAAGAAAUCAUGUAUAAUAAUAAUAGAGUAAGCCGUAUUUUUUUUAAAUAAAAUUAUGGAAAUCGAGACAUAUCUCCAAAAAUCAUAAUAAUCCUUAUUUAUUAUAAAGAGUAGGAUAAUAACCAGAAUAUAAUAUGGGAAAAUAAAUAUUACAUAAGAGGUAAUAGAUUGAUGGAAUAUAAGUAAGAUGAAUGA